UAGUUUGGUUUAUCUGGAUUGAACCGGUGUUGUUUAAUUCGCAUCAUCGUCGUACAGAGAAAGUAGUAGCAAAGCUUGAAGCUUUCGAUUUCUAAAUGUGCGGUAUGUCGUUAUCAGGACAGAUGAUGGGCCAUGUCGUGGCCCGAACUCAGAUGAUCUUGUCUCGAAGUAACUUCGCCGAUUGUAUACGGUGUCAGGGGGUGAGAGUUUCCAAAACCCUAACAAUGGGGACUAAGCGGCGACCCACUUGCCCUUCUUGCGAUAAACCUAGCCAGCUCUGCCUCUGCAAGAAGAUGCGAUCUCCAUGUUUCGAUAAUCAGGUGAGUGUUACUAUUCUUCAGCACAGUCUCGAGAGAAAACACGCACUUAAUUCAACUCGAAUCGCUAGAUUAGGGCUUAAGAAUGUUGGUGUGACUACUGUUUUCGAUGUACAUGAUGAGGCAGAGUUCGUAAUCAGGGUCAUUGGAUCGGGUUGCAGCAAGAUUGGCACGAAUCAGUCAGAUUUUGAUUAUAGGCUAGAGAAUGUUGCUUCUUUGGAGCUUGAUGAGAGCUUUAAGUUAGGUAUUAAUGGAAAUGUGGAGAACUUAGAAUCUGAGAAGAAUGUGGUGCUUGUUGCUCAUAGAAGCUUGAAAAUUGCUGAAAGUUUGAAGCUUUCUCAACAUUCGGGUGAAAUGUCUUGUCGGGAUUUGCGGGUUACAGAUAAGAUAGGUUCUUGUGAAGAAAGUAGAUCAGAAGAUUUGAUAAGAAUCUGUAUGAAGAAACAAGGUGUCAUCAGCAAUGUCUCACACUCUUUGAUGCUUGAAACCAGUGUGGAGGAUUCUAGUUUUGAUCAUAUAUUGGGUUCUCCUGCCGCCAUGGAUGUCUUGGCGAAAGGGUUUGUUGUAACAAAGUUCUCAGAAGGGAAGCGAGAAUUUGAACUUGAGGUUCCUCCUGGAUCAGCACUAUUGUUCCCGAGCGAAAAAUCGGUGAAGAUCAAUGAUCUUAAAGAGAAAGAAGAGUUGCAGGUAAGGAAUCUGCUUGUUCUUGAUGGGACAUGGUCAAAGGCAAGAAGAAUAUACCUUGAGAAUCCAUGGCUAAAGCUUUUACGUUGCCAUGUGAAGCUAGAAAUGGAAGGUACAAGUAUAUACAAAGAAGUUCGAAGGCAGCCAAGAGCGGGAUGUUUAUCGACAAUAGAGAGUAUUGUAUACACGAUGAAGGAGAUCGGUGAAGAUCCCGAAGGUUUAGAUAAUAUGUUGAAUGUCUUUGAAUCCAUGGUUGAAGAUCAAAGAAGAUGUAAAGAUGAGAACUUUGAAAAGAUUAUCUGAAAGACAAAAUGACUUUGCUGUUGUAACAUGUAAGCUGAAUGAAUCAGAUUCUUCAAUUUUGAUAAAUUAUGCGAAGUUGGAGUCGU